AUGAAAGGCCUUCUCGCCUUAUCGAUCGUCCCGGUACUGGCGGCUGCGUCACCAGUUGUGAUUGAUUCCAUCCACAAAGAUGCCGCCCCCAUCCUUUCGUCGGUGGAUGCAAAAGUGAUUGAAGACUCAUACAUUGUUGUCUUCAAAAAGCAUGUCACCAGCGCUUCAGCGGUUGCCCAUCAGAACUGGGUGCAAAACCUUCAUACUACAGCCAUAGCCAAGAGAUCAAAGCUUGACAAACGUAACCAGUUUCCGUUCAAGAACGACGUGUUCUCUGGCCUGAAACAUACCUUCGAUAUUGCCGGCUCGCUUUUGGGAUACUCGGGCUCAUUUGAUGAGGAGGUUAUUGACCAGGUCCGCAUGCAUCCAGAUGUCGAUUUUAUCGAGAAAGACUCUGAGGUCCAUACCACGGCCCUCGAAACCCAAAAUAAUUCUCCAUGGGGCCUCGCCAGGAUCUGUCACCGAGAUACCCUGGACUUUUCCACCUUCAACACAUACCUGUACUCGGACAUGGCAGGUGAAGGCGUCGACAUUUACGUCAUCGAUACUGGCGUCAACACUGAGCAUGUUGAUUUCCAAGGACGUGCAUUCUGGGGAGCCACUAUCCCAGUGGGUGAAGAAAAUGUCGACGGAAAUGGCCACGGAACCCACUGCGCUGGGACUUCCGCAGCCGCAACAUUUGGCGUUGCCAAAAAGGCUAGCAUCUACGCUGUCAAAGUCCUGAGGUCCAACGGCUCGGGAACUAUGUCCGACGUCGUUAAGGGCGUUGAAUAUGCCGCUCAAAGCCAUCAGAAACAAAUGAAAGCUGCUAAGGAAGGUGCCCGCCGGAAAGGCUUCAAGGGUAGUGUUGCCAACAUGAGUUUGGGCGGCGGACCUUCGCGUGUGUUGGAUCUCGCUGUCAAUGCCGCUGUUGGCACUGGUAUGCACUUCGCUGUGGCCGCUGGCAAUGAUAACGCCGAUGCCUGCAAUUACUCGCCUGCUGCUGCUGAGUCUGCCAUCACAGUCGGAGCCUCCACUCUGUCCGACGAACGUGCUUUCUUCUCUAACUAUGGCCCCUGCGUUGACAUCUUUGCCCCUGGCCUUAACAUCCUCUCUACCUGGACUGGCAGCAAGUACGCUGUCAACACUAUCUCUGGCACUUCCAUGGCAUCUCCUCACAUAGCUGGCCUCGCGGCCUACUUCGUCUCUCUCUACCCGUCGACACAGUCCGCCUUCGCUGUCGCGCCUCUUACCCCCAAGGACCUUAAAACUGCUCUCCUCCGUAUCUCCUCCAAGGAUAUGCUGACUAUGAUGCCUGAGGAUACCAAUAACUUACUUGCCUGGAACGGAGGUGGUUCUUCCAACUACUCAGAAAUUGUGGGAAAGGGUGGAUACAACGCUGGCUCGUUGAAAGAUCAGACGAAGGAUGCCCUCGACAGGCUCGAAAAGCUCGCUACUGACGAGCUCCACGCCAUCUAUAGCGAGAUCAAGAACGCGUUCAUUCUAUAG